AUGCGCUAUCUGGGUUUCAUCCUCGACAGCCGAUGGAGUUUCGUGCCGCACUUCCUGCGGCUGGUUCCCCGAGUGAGGCUCGUUUCGGACAGCCUCACAAGGCUUAUGCCGAACCUCGGGGGACCAGGGGGUGGAGCUCGCCGCCUGUAUCUCGGCGUGGUCCGGUCCAUAGCGCUGUAUGGCGCCCCCGUGUGGUACACGGAUGUGGCGGCCAGCCAACGUCUGAGAACGCUCUUGUUGAGCGCUCAGCGGGGGCUGGUCGUCCGUGCCGCAUGGGGUUACCGGGACAUUGCCACACGGGCGGCGUUGCUGGUGGCCGGGGAGCUCCCAUGGGUAUUCGAGGCGCGCGUGUACGCUGAGGCGUACACAGAGAGAUGCGCGCGCCGAAGAGUCCCCGGGGCCCCCUGGACACCUAAAGAGCAGGAGGUGUGGCGCCUCCGAGCUCGGAGGCGCGCUGUCGAGGAAUGGGGCGAGAGCCUGACCCCUGAUGGGCCGGGCUCUCGCGUCGUCGGUGUCAUAGCACCCGUGCUGAGGGAAUGGAUGGGCCGACGACGCUUCAGACCUCUCACAUAUACGCUGGGGCAGGUGCUCACCGGGCAUGGUUGCUUUGGUGAGCACCUGCUCCGAAUUGGACGGGAACCCACCGCAAUGUGCCACCACUGCGGGGCUCCAGUGGACUCGGCGGAUCACACCCUGUUGGAGUGUUCAACAUGGGACGCUGACCGUCGGGUUCUGCUGGAAGCCCUGGGACUCAACCAGGCCGACUUCUCCCUGGAGAGCAUGGUACGUGCCAUGCUCGAAGGGGAGGAGCCUUGGGCGGCCACGCUCUCCUUCUGCGAAUCAGUUAUAUCGCGGAAGGAGAGCGACGAGAGAAGGCGGGAGGCGGACCCGAACGCCGCCCCCUGCCGCAAAAAGAGGCCGGGGAGACGGGCUCGGGCAUACGCCCGAGUCCCGUAA